CCCGUGUGUCUGUUUGUCUGUCUGACCAUGCACCUGGAGCGCGAGGCCCAGCCCGCAGCACUACCGGGUUCUGUUGCUAGGCUCGUGCCGCUGGUUGCUAGCCAAAGCCCGCCGCUACCACAGGACGCACGAGACAACAGCCGUUAGUUUUUCGCCUUCACAGCUAAUAAAGAAAGAAAGCGGCGACGGAGGAUCGGCGGAACAACGGAGGGAACACCGGACUGAGACCCGCCACGAGCCGUUUUAUUGUCUCCCUGCGUGGAUUUUUAUGUGAAGAUGUCUCGUCUGACCGUGUUGUUGUUGUUGCCGCCAGUCCUAUGUAGCAUUAUAAGCACCUCCGGCGCUGCAUCCUCAGCAUCCCGAAAGUGUGAGGACAGCUUGGCCACUCCUCUCCCCUACAGCUCCUUCACCAGCUCCUCAGUGUACGCCAGAGGAUACGGAGCCGGUUAUGCUAAACUCAGUCGGAAACAAGGUUCUGGAGGCUGGUCGCCCUUGGAUACAGACCGUUAUCAGUGGUUACAGGUGGACCUGGGUUCUAGGAAGCAGGUGGUUGCCAUAGCAACACAGGGUCGCCACAGAAGCUCUGAUUGGACCAGCAAGUAUCGGCUGCUGUACAGCGACACACAGAAGAACUGGAGGCCGUAUCUACAGGAUGGAAACAUCUGGACAUUUGAGGGGAACGUGAACAGCGAGGGGGUCGUUCGCUACGACCUGCAGCACGCCAUCCUGGCUCGCUACAUCCGCUUCAUCCCAGUGGACUGGAGCAGGGAGGGACGCAUCGGAGUCCGGCUGGAGCUCUACGGAUGCUCAUAUUGGGCAGAUGUGAUCAGUUUUGAUGGCCAAGGUGUCAUCCCCUACCGUUUCAGGAGUAAGAAGAUAAAGAUUGUGAAGGAUGUGAUCUCUCUGAAGUUUCGGACCACAGCUGGAGACGGGGUCCUGCUGCAUGGGGAGGGUCAGCAGGGAGACUACCUCUCCCUGGAGCUGUCCAGGGCCAGACUGCUGCUCAGCAUCAACUUAGGCAGUAACCAGUACGGCUCCAUUCAGGGCCACACCUCUGUGACUAGUGGGAGCUUGCUGGAUGAUGACCACUGGCACUCAGUAGUGAUAGAGCGUUACAGGAGGAACGUCAACUUCACUCUGGACCAUCACACUCAACAGUUCAGGACCAACGGAGAGUUUGACCACCUGGACCUGGACUAUGAGAUCAGUUUUGGAGGGCUGCCUGUCUCAGCGAAGCCCGGCUCAGUAGGAAGAGAGAACUUUGUGGGCUGCAUGGAGGGAAUCACCUACAAUGGAGACAACAUAACAAACCUGGUCCGCAGGAAGAAAGUGGACACGUCCAGCUUUCGUAACCUGACGUUUUCCUGCGCAGAGUCCAAGUCCUUCUCUGUAUUUUUCAACUCGACAUCCUUCCUGCAGCUGCCAGGUCAGAGUGACAGCGACACUCUGUCAGCCAGCCUCUCUUUCAGGACCUGGAACCCCAACGGGCUGCUGAUGUUCACACAGCUGGCUGACGGCUGGGUGGAGGUGGGGCUGACGGAGGGCAAAGUCACCGUCUAUAUGAACGUGACACAAAAGAAGAACACACGUAUCGACAUCUCAUCAGGCUCUGGUCUGAAUGACGGCCAGUGGCACAGCGUCCAUCUGAAUGCUCUGGAGAACUAUGCUAUGCUAACAGUGGAUGGAGACGAGGCGUCCACAGUCAGAACAGCUAUCCCCAUCCAGAUCCAGACCGGAGGAAGCUACUACUUUGGAGGUAACUUCCUGCACAGCAACCCCCGGUCCCUGCAGCGCUCCUUCCAGGGCUGCAUGCAGAUGAUUCACAUAGACGACCACCUGGCGGACCUCAGGGCUGUGGAACAGGGCCUGAUUGGAAACUUUGAAAAUGUCAGCUUGGAUAUGUGCGCCAUUAUAGACAGGUGUGUUCCCAACCACUGUGAGCACGAUGGGCGCUGUUCUCAGACGUGGGAUACAUUCAGCUGCAACUGUAGCGGCACUGGAUACACUGGAGCUACCUGCCAUACCUCGAUGUAUCAGCAGUCCUGUGAGGAGUAUAAACACCAGAGGAAAGGAUCAGGGAGCUACUGGAUCGACCCAGACGGCAGCGGACCCAUCACCCCGUUUAAAGUCACCUGUGACAUGACAGAGGAAAAGGUUUGGACCACGCUGAAGAACAACCUGUCUCCUCAGACAUUAGUCACACGUGCAGACCAGGAGGGGAAAGCAGUGCUUCAGAUCAAUUACAAUGUGACUGAUGAACAGGUGUUGGCCGUUACCAGCAGUGCAGAGCAUUGUGAACAGUACAUUGCUUAUGCCUGCAAAAUGUCUCGUCUGCUCAACACUCCUGAUGGCGUUCCCUUCACCUGGUGGGUAGGACGAGCCCACGAGAGGCAUUCCUACUGGGGGGGGUCCGGACCAGGGAUACAGAAGUGUUCCUGUGGCAUCGAACACAACUGUACCGACCCCAAGCACUACUGCAACUGUGAUGCUGACCUGCGCGGUUGGAGGGAGGAUGACGGCUUGUUGGUGUAUAAAGACCAUCUGCCCGUCAGUCAGGUUGUGGUUGGUGAUACGAGUCGAGCUGGAUCUGAAGCCAAGCUGACAGUCGGGCCUCUCAGAUGCCGUGGGGACCGGAACUUCUGGAACGCAGCCUCCUUCAGCAGCCCGGCCUCCUACCUCCACUUCCCCUCCUUCAGAGGAGAAACCAGCACUGACAUCUCCUUCUACUUUAAGACUUCAUCCACUCACGGAGUCUUUCUGGAGAACCUGGGACCCACCGACUUCCUCCACAUUGAACUCAGAGGAGGCUCUGUGGUCGUCUUCUCUUUUGACGUGGGCAGUGAGCGGGUGGAGCUCAGCGUUCACUCGCGGGUUCCUCUGAACGAUGACCAGUGGCACCAUGUGGAGGCUGAGAAGAACAUCAAGGAAGCCGUGCUGCAGCUGAACGGACAGUACAAAGAGGUCAGACACAUGCCUCCACAGGGACACAGCAAGCUGGAGUUCUACAGCGAGCUGUAUGUUGGAGCCUCCAGUGGUCAGAGGGGUUUCCUGGGCUGCAUGCGGGCUCUGAGGAUCAACGGUGUGACCUUUGACCUGGAGGAGAGGGCUCAGGUUUCACCAGGGGUCAAUCCAGGCUGCAAGGGCCACUGCAACAGCUACGGGAUGCACUGCAGGAACGGAGGGAAGUGUGUGGAGCAGUACAACGGAUACAAGUGUGACUGCUCCCUGACUGCAUACGAUGGAGCCUUCUGCACCGACGAUGUGGGUGGGUACUUUGAGACAGGAACCCUGGUGCGUUACGACUUCCUGCCAGAGACGGAGACUUUGCCCCUGCAGGACACGAAGAGCGUUUUAGGGGUUGGCGUUCCUCGGGAGUCCAAUCUGACCCAGGAGGAGCUGGUGUUCAGCUUCAGCACCUCCAGUGCUCCCAGCAUCCUGGUCUACAUCAGCUCCAGAACCCAGGACUACCUCGCUGUGGUGCUCAGACACAAUGGUACUCUCCAGAUCCGUUACAGUCUCGGGGGGCUAACAGAACCUUACACCAUAGACGUUGACCAUCGUAACCUGGCCAACGGACAGCCACAUACUGUCAACAUCACCAGGAACUUAAGAGAGAUACGGCUACAGCUGGACCACUACCCAGUGUCCACAUACACCCUACCCGAAGCCUCCGACACCCAGUUAAACUUGAUCAAAAGCAUCUUCCUUGGAAAGGUCUUUGAAACAGGACAGAUUGAUCCCAUCCUGAUCGAGCGCUACAACACACCAGGCUUCGUUGGCUGUCUAUCAAGAGUUCAGCUCAACAGUUUGGCUCCGCUGAAAGCUGCCCUGCGCUCCGGCCUGGCAGCACCCGUCAGCACCCACGGGAUCCUGGUCCCAUCCAACUGUGGAGCCUCUCCCCUGACCAUCUCCCCCAUGGCCUCGGCCAGUGACCCAUGGCACAAAGAACCAGCUGGAGCUGUUUUCCCCUUUAGUGAAGAAAAGGCCAUUGGUGAUGGAGUGGAUCGCAACUCUGCCAUAAUUGGAGGCAUCAUCUCCAUGGUGAUCUUCACCGUCCUCUGCAUCAUGGUGUUUGUGAUCCGCCACAUGUUCCGCCAUAAAGGCUCGUACCACACCAACGAGGCCAAAGGAGCCGACUCGGCAGACUGCGCCGACGCGGCGAUCAUCGUCAAUGACCCCGCCUUCACUGAAACUAUUGACGAGAGCAAGAAGGAGUGGUUCAUCUGAGCCGCUCCGCCACACGGACACAUGACAGUAGGAUGUACGUAGUUUUCUAAGCAUAGGGAGUCGUAGUGGGGGUCACCACGUGUGAAACCUUGAGAAUGUGCUGUGAGUGGUUUAUUUAAAAACUUUAUUAUGGACAAUGGACACCAUAGCAUUACAGUGUGGGUAUUACAGCACAGGGCGCCGUGCUGCCUAGCAGAGCCAAUGUGGUUUCCUUUAACUUUAUUUACAACGGACAGUGUGACAGGAUGACAGCCUUCAGAUGGCGUAGAGGACGCUCCAUCAACUGAAAGGCCAUGAAUGAGUGAAUGUGCUCUAUAGCUUUUAUUUUAGUAUUGGUUUUUUUUUUUUACAUUUUUUUAUUUGAUUUCAGUUCAAUUUAUUUAUUUAUUUAUUUGUAUCUAAUUUAUAUAAUUUAUUGCCUUCUUGCAAUGUGCUGGUAUUUCAGAAAAUUAUGCCAUUAAUGGUAAUGAUCACUGAUACACAUCUGACGCAAUGUAAUUUCAUCUUUUUUUAAGUAUUUAAUGUCAUUUGUUGA